ACGUCACGCGAAGCGCCGCGCGGGGUGGGGGGGAGCGGCCGCUGGGAGCGCGCGCGCUCAGAUCUCGGCGCGACCAUGGGGGCAGCGGCAGCCGAGGCGAAUCGCACGCUCUUCGUAGGGAACCUGGACCCCAAGGUCACCGAGGAGCUCAUCUUCGAGCUCUUCCACCAGGCGGGGCCCGUGAUCACCGUGAAGAUCCCGAAGGACCGGGAUGGACGGCCCAAGCAGUUCGCCUUCGUCAAUUUCAAGCACGAGGAGUCGGUGCCGUACGGGUUGCGGCUGCUCAACGGGAUCAAGCUGUACGGGCGGCCCAUGCGCAUCCAGUUCCGAUCAGGGAGCAGUCAUGCGGCCCAGGAUAUCAAUCCAUCCGGUUCCCAGCUCGGAGCUCCUGGCACCAACCCUCCCGGGAUGCCUCAUCCAGCAUCCAACUGCAGCAGGUAUGAGAGGGUUCCGGAUGGCAUGGCCACACCAGGAUUCCCGUCGAGCCUGCAGAGACAAGCGGUGAUGAACAGCGCGGCGCGGCAGCAGCCCCAGUUCGGGGGCAAGUACGAGCAGCCCGGCUUUGCCCCUCCCGGCUACCCGCACUCCUUCCACGCCGUGUCGGGCUCCCCGGGGCCACGGCGCCCCGAGGGGCCACGCAAGGCCCGGCUGGGCGCCCACCCCUACGGCCCCGACGGCCGCCACUUCGGCCGCGAGCGCUUCGGGGACUGCGGCCCCGAGUAUGGCCGCGGCAAGCGCGACGAGUACGGCUUCGAGGAGAGGGGCCACGAGGGCGAGCACCACUACCGGGGCCGCGAGGAGCACUACGACGACCGGCACUACGACGACCGGCACCGCGACGGCUGGAGCUACGAGCACCGCAGGGACAGCUACAGAGAGGCCAAGUGGCACUCUGCGCGGCACUGAGGGACUUGAGGGCAAAGCAAACGUGACCUGUUUCUCACCGAGUACAUGUAUAAACCCCCUCCCCCACCCCAAAAAAAACCCCAGUGAAGUCAACUUUUAGUGUUUGUAAAAAUACCAGCAGCGCAGUCCUGCCAAACUCUGGUCUCAGUAUUAAAUGUGUUAACGCACACUUCAGGGCUUUUCACGGGAUGAGAAAGGCAUGGUGAAGUCUUGGAGAAACCACCACGCUGUCCUUGUGUCACAGAUAAGUGCUGUUAGUAUUUUUCUAGGAGAAAGGAACAUCUGUGUCAGAUGGAAGGGUCUGGCAUUUUAAGCAGAGUUGAGGUGGGACAGAUGCUGCCUGGCAUCUGGAACAUUCCCCUUGUUUUUUACACAGUCACAGAAUCACACAUUGGUCUGGGUUGGUAGGUACAUUAAAGACCACGUCACUCCAACCCCCUGCCAGAGGCAGGGACACCUUCCAGGCUGCUCAGAGCCCCAUCCAGCCUGGCCUUGAAAGCUUCCACUGAUGGAGCAUCCGCAGGUUCCAUGGGUAACUUGUUACAGUGCCUAAGCACCCUCACAGUAAAGAAUUUUUCCCUAAUAUGUAAUCCAAACCUACUCCCUCAAUAUGAACUCACUCCCUGUUGUCCAUUUAAAAUAUUACAGUAUUGUCUUGGAGAACAUUAAAAAGUCUCCCUGGGGAAAGCCCCUGGGUGAACC